AUGCCCAAGUUAGAAACCGUUUACUUAUAUGCUGGUGAAGAACAACCACGUGUUAAAUUGACUUGUAUUAAGGAAGGUCUCACUUUACCUCAAGUUAUCAAGUUUGUGCAUUCUAUUCAAGAACUGUACGGGAUCGAAUUACAAACUUCGGAGACCAUAACAGAGAAUUUGAAGAUAGAUUGUGCACCUGCAUAUUUGAAGCCGAAUUGUAUUCCCCAUUUCUACAUUCUUGAAUAUGAAGAAAUAAAUGACACUUUUUUCAUUUGGAAAUCUGAUGGUCGCUGGCAAUUGAACAAGCUGUCUGUCCUGUUGUACGUGGAUAACGAUGCCAAUGUUGUUAAGAACACUUCCUGGAAGGACGUUUUCCAGAAUGAUAGACGGUUCAGAAAUUAUGAUAAACGGGCUUGGUUACAGCAUUGUCUAGAAAAAAUGAACGAAGAUCUUUCAAAAUUAAACGUUGAACAAUUCUGGUCUCAAUAUGAUAAAAUAUGUCAAAACAUUUCUAGGCAAAAGAAAAAAAACGAUCAGUUCAAUAUGGAGGUUUUCAAUAACUUCAAAAAUGUUGUUUCUAUUGCUGUCAUAAAGACCAAAGUUUUAUCGAACAAGCGAAUUUUGACAACGAUUUUAAGAAAUUACCAUAACUCGAUGAAAAAAAAGUAUAACGUUCAGGAACAAAAUCUUAAGGAAAACAGUUUGGCAUCAUGUUCAAACAAUGAUCCUUCCACAUCUCUGGAGAGCGAAUCAAGACAUUUCUCUCCAGUAAACUCACUGUCUCCUUCAUCUUUAAGUACUGAUGAAGAGGCAACUUCGACGGACUACAUCUACAGAGGCCCUGAGUCUAAACCGAAUGUGGAUUUCAUGCACUCAAGUGCCACAAACGAUCUGAUUAAGUCGAAUUUUGAAAGCUAUUUCAAAUUGAUGGCCGAGGAUUAUGAAACUUUUGACUUGAAGGCUUGGUCGAGACAAAGACCUCGAAAGUUCCAGCUAGUGGAAAAAAAAAAAAUCACUAAAAACUCUCCCAAUAACCAUCAUCCGCAUAAAAAUGGCAAAAUAUCUUUUUAA